AUGGUUGGACUCAGCUUGGAUCCAGAAUUCGAGGCGGCCAUUGCGCCCAUGACAGAAGUCCUCGCCUCGAAACCCAAGUUACCCGCAGGCGACGCUCUUGGUCGACGAGAAGUAGGAAACAAACUGCUCAGCCAAGUCUUAUCGGGCAGGAAACCCAUACCAGGAAUCUCCCGCACAGACCACACGACGAAAGCGCCAGAUGGGCAUACGGUGACGGUCUCAGAAUUCCGGAAAGAAGGAGUCCCAUCAGACAAUUCGAAGGCGAUCUUUUACGUCCAUGGAGGAGGCUUCAUCCUAGGGAGCGUGGAUGUCUUUGAGGACGGAAUUAGGCGCCAGGUUAGGGAUCACGAUGUCCCUGUGUUUGCGGUUCAUUAUCGACUUGCGCCGGAGAACCAGCAUCCGAUUCCGAUUGAGGAUUGUUACGCAGGCUUGAAGUGGUUGAGUGAGAAUGCCAAGGAAGUUGGAGUCGAUCCAGGAAGAAUUGUCGUUUCUGGGGAGAGUGCCGGUGGAGGAUUAGCCGGUAAGCUGGUAGUGAAGGAAAAUUCCAAGCAAAACAUUAAUAUCUUACUGAAUGAUUGACCAGCGUGUCUGACUUUACUGGCACGAGACCGAGGCUUCUCUCCUCCCAUUGCCAAACAAAUCCUCAUAUUCCCCAUGCUUGAUGAUCGAAACCAGAGCCCCAUCGCGGGAAUCGAAGAGCACGCGUUCUGGAAAUGCAACGACAAUAUCACCGGCUGGAAAGCCCUCGUGGGCGAAUCAGCAGGCGGCCCGGAUACUUCGCCGUAUGCCGCAGCCGCCAGAGCUCCCGACGUGACGGGUCUACCGCCGACAUAUAUCGAAGUAGGGCAGCUGGAUAUCUUUGUGCAUGAGAACAUUCAAUUUGCGGGCAGAUUGGCGGCGGCAAAUGUGCCCGUGGAAUUGCACGUGUAUCCGGGUAUGCCGCAUGCCUUUCAGGGCUACGCUCCUGAGGCGGAAUACUCGAAGAUGGCGGCUAGGAAUGUCGUUGCAGCGGUGGCGAGGGCAUGA